UGCUCUGUGUCUGUUCUGUUCUGUCUGUCUGUAUUCUGUAUUAAAAUAAACUCGUGUGUCUGUCUGGAUUUCGGGCCUCUUUUUUCUUUUCUUUUAGUUAGUCUAGUGACAGAAAAUCCUGCAACGUGCAGAUACAAUUGAAUUUACUAACCAUAUAUAUUUUCUGUCAAAAUAUAAUUGGUUAAAGUAGCCUAUAACUCAUAAUGUCGACUUUGGCGGCUCCACUCUCUGUUGCCGGAUUACGUUCUUCAGGAACUCCAGUCAGAACCCAAAAUGUGAUGGCUGCAAGCUCAAUUGCAAAUAUUGUGAAGAGUUCUCUUGGACCAGUUGGAUUGGAUAAAAUGCUGGUUGAUGACAUUGGUGAUGUGACCGUGACCAAUGACGGAGCCACCAUACUGAAGCUGUUGGAGGUGGAGCACCCAGCAGCCCGAGUACUCGUCGAACUGGCUCAGCUGCAAGACGAAGAAGUCGGUGAUGGCACUACGUCAGUUGUAAUUGUAGCAGCUGAACUUCUGAAGAAUGCUGAUGAACUUGUCAAACAGAAAAUUCAUCCCACUUCAAUAAUUAGCGGCUAUCGUUUAGCUUGCAAGGAAGCUUGCAAGUACAUCCAGGAACAUCUGACUGCAAAUGUAGAUGAGUUGGGACGGGAUUGCCUGGUCAACGUUGCUAAAACGUCCAUGUCUAGCAAACUCAUUGGGUCUGAUGACGAGUUUUUCUCCAACAUGGUGGUAGAUGCGGCGCAGGCAGUUAAGGUGACGGAUAACAAGGGAGUCGCCCAUUACCCCGUGAAGGCAGUCAACGUACUGAAGGCGCACGGUCGCAGUGUGAGAGAGAGCAUGUUGGUGCAAGGAUACGCGCUCAACUGUACUGUCGCCUCACAAGCCAUGCCCAAGAAGAUCGUCAACGCUAAGAUCGCCUGUUUAGACUUCAGCUUGCAGAAGGCUAAGAUGAAGUUGGGCGUUCAGGUUUUGGUGACUGAUCCUGAGAAAUUGGAUGCGAUCCGUCAACGAGAGAGCGACAUCACCAAGGAGAGAAUACAGAAGAUCUUGGCUGUCGGAACUAACGUAGUGCUGUGUACAGGAGGAAUUGAUGAUCUCUGUCUGAAGUACUUUGUGGAAGCUGGAGCCAUGGCUGUCAGACGUGUUAAGAAGGCCGACCUGAAGAGAAUAGCCAAGGCUACCGGAGCAACCUACCUCACUUCUCUUACAAACAUGGAAGGGGAGGACAGCUUUGAAGCCAGUAAUGUUGGUGAAGCAGCUGAAGUCCUUCAAGACACUGUUUGUGAUGAUGAACUCAUCUUGAUCAAAGGGCCCAAAGCUCGCACAGCCAGUUCCAUCAUCUUGCGCGGGCCCAACGACUUCUACUGUGAUGAGAUGGAGCGCAGUAUCCAUGACGCGUUGUGUGUAGUCAAGCGAGUGCUGGAGUCCAAGACUGUGGUUGCUGGUGGAGGUGCUGUGGAGGCAGCUUUGUCUAUCUACUUGGAGAACUUUGCUACAUCACUGAGUUCCCGUGAGCAGCUGGCCAUCGCAGAGUUUGCUCGCUCUCUACUUGUAAUUCCCAAGACUCUGGCCGUCAACGCUGCCCAAGAUGCGACUGAUCUUGUGGCCAAACUGAGAGCUUUCCACAACUCCAGCCAAACAAAGAAGGAGCACGCUGAUCUCAAGUGGGUUGGACUGGACCUAACUGAAGGUAAAGUGAGAGACAAUCGCAAGUUUGGAGUAUUGGAGCCUGCGAUGUCAAAGAUCAAGUCUCUCAAGUUUGCAACAGAAGCUGCCAUCACGAUACUCCGCAUCGACGACAUGAUCAAACUCGACCCUGAGCGUAAAGACGAUGGUGGCUACAGACAGGCCUACGAGUCUGGCCAGCUCGGCUAAGUGCUUUAUUCCUUUUUGCGAACAAUUGUAACAUAUUAACACUUCUGAUUCCUCGAGGUUAGACCUUUAUUUUUAUGCGCUUUUUUACAAGAUGUCGGCGAUGAAAAGUCACCCAAGUAUUAACAAUUACUUAAUUUUCUAAAUGUUGCACACGUUAAUUUUCUUAUAAAUACUUAACUAAA